AAUUAACAGUGUGUGUUGUGUUACAAGUGUACAACAACACAUACACAAAAGACAGCAGACAGCAGUGCAAAACAACGUCGUCAACAGCAGGAAGGGGAAAGAGGAAUCAGUGAUGCCCACGCUAGUACCGAGAGUUGUUAUUGCUGCUGCUGUUGUUGUCUAACACUAUUCUAACUGGGAGGCCACUGCCACUGACAAGCGACUGACCUUGGACCAAGCGGCGCCUUUUUUCGCUUGUGCGGAGGCCGCCGCUGCCGCCUGAUACGAUGAACACCUUGGUGCAGGACAUACAAAAUCGAUACUCAUUCCUGGAUCAUCUGUUCCGGCAUGUGUGGACCUCCAUCAUACAGUCGAACAUUAAGCUCAAGCAUCAGCUGCGCAACAUUCAAUGGAAGAAUGCAAAAGCCAAGCCAGGCUGUGCCUAUCAACCAACAGAGAUCGAACAGCUGGCGAAUGUGAUUACGCAUGGCAUUUGGAUAGUGCCCGCUGUGUUUGCGGUCAUCAAGCUGUUUGAACGCUCCAAUAGCGCUGGCCAGUAUCUGGUCUCUUGGGUUUAUGGCACUGCGCUCUGUAUGCUCUUCACCAUCUCCACAUUCUUUCACUGCUCCUGCUACUGUGCCGAGCACAAACCGCCCAAGCAAUACAAGACUUGGCCGGCAUUUGGCUGGCACACUUAUCAGGGCCUGAAGAAUGUCUUGCAUCGCUGCGAUCGAGCCAUGAUCUAUGUCUUUAUUGCCGGCUCGUAUUUUCCCUGGCUGACGCUCGAGAAUACGAAUCAUUCGGCCAUACUCUUUUGCAUGGAAUGGAUCAUUUGGUUGAUGGCUGCCAUUGGCAUUGCCUAUCAGCAGCUUUAUCAUGAGCGUUACAAGUGCCUGGAGACAUUCUUUUAUAUAGUAAUGGGAUUGGGACCGGCGCUUGUCGUGAUGUUCACCGGACACGAUUUCAAUGGCAUGAUCCAGUUGAAAUACGGCGGAGCCUUCUACAUUUUGGGCAUCGUGUUCUUCAAGUCAGACGGCCUCAUUCCCAUGGCCCAUGCCAUUUGGCAUCUGUUCGUGGUGCUCGCAGCCGGCUGUCAUUACUAUGCGAUUCUCGUUAACCUAUAUCCCAGUGACGCCAGCAGCAAUUACACAAACUAGUCUAAGUAUAGCUCGUCGUUGUGACUCUCCCAACUCAAACUCGGAACAAAUUUCCGGUUUGUUCUUCUUUUUUUUUUCUUUUUCUUUUGACGUUGUCGUUAUUGUGUACUUAACUACGGUUAAAACCACCACCACCAUCUCCACCCACAAAUAUUGAUUUUAGAGCAUAUUUCGAGUCAGCCAACGUAUGUCAGAAUUGUAUUCCUUCCUUACCACCCACGACGAUGACGAUGACGAUGAUGAUGAUGAGGAGACGUCACUACUACUCCAAGAUUAGCCAAAUUUUGUAAAGAACAAAUGCAAGUAGAAUAUAGUGUAUUUCAUUUAUCGAAUUUAUUUCUAUAUAUGUACUAUAUAUAUUGUAUAUGUUGUUUGAGUUAUUCAGAAAACGGAUUUAUCUACCAACUAGUUGUAGUUUAUUAGACAAUUUGUUAGUUUGUAAGCCAAGGGUAGUGGUAGCUAUAGAACUUUUGUAAUAAUAUUAGUCCAAAGUCUUUACUUUUUUUGUAAUCUUUCUUUUUAGGAAUUCGAGAAAAAGUCUAAUAAUUUUUCCAAAAUAUUUUAAACGAUUUCUUCUGGUCUUUCUCAAAAGAGUUACAAAAAAAGUCAGCAAAAGUCUGUAUUCCACAAAAAUACAAUGCAAGGUAGAAUUUAAAACAAAAGUCUCAAAACGUAUACAAAAAAGACUUUGGACUUUUAUUAAAUGUUUUCUCAACUUAAGGAAAGAUUAUUUGGAGACUUUAAUAAUUAGACAUAAACAUUUCUUGUGAUCAAUAUCUGCGGUCUUGCCAAAGAUUCAAAAAAAAAAAAAAAACAAAAAACAGAAAACAAAUAGGAAACCAUUAAUUCUCAGCUCAUAUACUUGGAUUUGGUAUAUGGAUAUAGUUAUUCA